GACGUAACUCAGUCCCGCUUCCAACCAAAAUGGUUUGGUUUCACUGGCUUGUUGUCGCGGAGUAGGACGUCAAUUUAAGCUAAUGGCAGCAGCUAUCUAGGUUUGCCAUUCUUUCAUUCUUUGCCGUUAGCUACCUGGAGCUGAAGACCCAGAGAAAACUGAGCCACUCAUACAAUGUGGAUUUCCUGAAAGAAGAAUGGCAAGCAUACUGACAAUUCCGGGGCCUGACCAUUACGCUUGAGGACAUCUGUCCAGUAUUUGGUGUCAUUCUGCUGUAUUGCCUUGCGCACCUCUGUCUCCUGUUGUGCAGCCCAGACAGCGUGGACCCGUCCCUCUCGCCAGGGCUUGUGCCCUUCCAUCGACAGCCUGCUCCGGCUGUGUGUUGGUGUAAGAUGGCGUGGUGGGACGCUGAGGGCUGCUGUGGGGGAUUGUGAUGUCAGAGCCCAACAGCCCGGGUGAGAGCCGGCGUGGCGCUCCCAGAUUCUUCGUGGGCUGCGAGGACGAUGAGAGCGAGGUCGUGGAGGACAACAUGAGGACAGACAUGGAGCUGUAUGAGGAUGACGAAGAUGCAGACUUGCCCCCAGAGCAGCAGAUCGUGGUGGGGAUCUGUUGCAUGAUGAAGAAAUCAAAGUCCAAGCCAAUGACCCAGAUCCUGGAGAGGCUGUGCAGGUUUGAGUACAUCACUGUUGUCAUCUUCCCAGAGGACGUAAUCCUCAACGAACCUGUGGACAAAUGGCCUCUAUGCAACUGCCUCAUCUCCUUCCACUCAAAGGGAUUCCCUUUGGAUAAGGCAGUGAGCUAUGCCAAACUAAGAGAACCUCUGCUCAUCAAUGACCUAAACAUGCAGUACUACAUACAGGACCGGAGAGAAGUGUAUCGCAUCCUGCAAGAGGAAGGGAUUGAUCUGCCGCGCUACGCUGUGCUCAACCGUGACCCAGAUAAACCAGAUGAGUGUAACCUGGUGGAGGGAGAGGACCAUGUGGAGGUGAAUGGAGAGAUAUUCCAGAAGCCUUUUGUUGAAAAGCCUGUCUGUGCUGAGGACCACAAUGUUUACAUCUACUAUCCCACAUGUGCUGGUGGAGGCAGUCAGCGUCUGUUCAGAAAGAUUGGUAGCCGGAGCAGUGUUUAUUCACCAGAGAGCAGUGUGAGAAAAACCGGCUCUUACAUCUAUGAAGAGUUCAUGCCAACAGAUGGUACUGAUGUUAAGGUGUACACUGUAGGACCUGACUAUGCGCAUGCUGAGGCCCGGAAGUCUCCUGCUUUGGAUGGAAAGGUGGAGAGAGACAGUGAGGGCAAGGAAGUCCGCUACCCUGUUAUGCUGUCAGCUAUGGAGAAACUGGUUGCCCGUAAGGUCUGCCUCGCAUUCAAGCAAACUGUGUGUGGCUUUGACCUUCUCCGAGCCAACGGACACUCGUAUGUGUGUGAUGUCAAUGGUUUCAGUUUUGUGAAGAACUCCAUGAAAUACUACGAUGACUGUGCCAAGAUACUAGGGAACAUUGUGAUGCGUGAACUAGCUCCUCAGUUUCAGAUUCCAUGGUCCAUCCCGACUGAGGCAGAGGACAUUCCCAUUGUUCCCACCACUUCAGGGACCAUGAUGGAGCUACGAUGUGUUAUUGCUGUCAUCCGUCAUGGAGACAGAACACCCAAACAAAAGAUGAAGAUGGAGGUUCGCAACCCUAUGUUCUUUGAACUAUUUGAAAAGUAUGGAGGAUACAAAACUGGGAAAUUAAAACUGAAGAAGCCAAAACAGCUACAGGAGGUGCUGGACAUCACUCGGCAGUUGUUGGCUGAAUUAGGACAGCAUAAUGACUGUGAAAUAGAAGAAAAGAAGUCCAAACUGGAACAACUGAAGACUGUGCUGGAAAUGUAUGGCCACUUCUCUGGGAUCAACAGGAAAGUACAACUAACCUAUUUGCCCCAUGGGCAACCAAAAACCUCCAGUGAGGAGGAAGACAAUCGAAAGGAAGGUCCAUCACUGCUGCUCGUACUGAAGUGGGGAGGAGAGCUGACUCCUGCUGGUAGAGUACAAGCUGAGGAGUUGGGGAGGGCAUUCCGCUGUAUGUACCCCGGAGGACAAGGAGACUAUGCUGGUUUUCCAGGAUGUGGGCUGCUGAGAUUACACAGCACUUACAGACAUGACCUCAAGAUAUAUGCAUCUGAUGAGGGCAGAGUCCAAAUGACAGCUGCAGCUUUUGCAAAGGGUUUGCUGGCACUUGAGGGCGAGCUUACACCAAUCCUGGUGCAGAUGGUGAAGAGUGCGAACAUGAAUGGCCUGCUGGACAGCGAUAGCGACUCACUGAGCAGCUGCCAGCACAGGGUCAAGGCACGACUGCAUGAGAUUCUGCAGAAAAACAGAGAUUUCAUCGAUGAAGACUACGAUAGGCUGACCCCAACUGGCAGUGUUUCUUUGGUGAAUUCGAUGAAGAUAGUCCAGAACCCAGUAGCUACUUGUGACCAGGUCUAUGCCCUCAUUCAGAGCCUGACCUCACAAAUCCGUAAAAGAAUGGAAGACCCCACUUCCGCAGACCUGCAGUUGUACCAUAGUGAGACACUGGAACUGAUGCUGCAACGCUGGUCAAAACUUGAGAAAGACUUUCGCAUGAAGAAUGGCCGCUAUGAUAUCAGUAAAAUACCUGACAUUUAUGACUGUGUGAAGUAUGAUGUUAUCCACAACUCAUCUCUUGGCCUGGAGGAUACGUUGGAGCUCUUUAGACUCUCUCAUUCUUUGGCUGACGUCGUCAUCCCCCAGGAAUAUGGCAUAAGUAAAGUGGAAAAACUCGACAUUGCGUAUGCCUAUUGUCUGCCACUAGUCAGAAAAAUCCGGCUUGACUUGCAGAGGACGCAUGAGGAUGAAUCUGUCAACAAACUUCACCCUCUGUACUCUCGUGGUGUGAUGUCUCCAGGACGCCAUGUUAGGACACGUUUAUAUUUCACCAGUGAGAGCCAUGUCCACUCCCUGCUCAGUAUUUUCCGCUAUGGAGGCUUGCUUGACGAGGAGAAUGACCAGCAGUGGAAACGUGCCAUGGAUUACCUCAGUGCUGUGUCUGAACUUAACUAUAUGACUCAGAUUGUAAUCAUGCUGUAUGAGGACAACAAUAAGGACCUCUCCUCAGAGGAGCGAUUCCAUGUUGAGCUUCACUUCAGCCCAGGAGUCAAAGGCAUUGAGGAGGAGGAAAAUGCACCAACUGGCUUUGGCUUCAGGCCUGCUUCUGCUGAGGUAAAUGGACAGAAACAGACAGACCCUGGCAGCCUGGAAGACUUAUCACGUGAUGAGACUGACCGCAGUGUGCCGCUGAGUGAGCCAGUCACCAUUCAGAGGAAAUCCCCUCUCAUUCGCAAUCAUAAGACUGGAUCUAUGGAGGUCCUGUCAGAGACAUCGUCCUCCAAAGUAGGCAGUUACCGUCUCUUCUCCUUCUGCUCACGUCAGUCUCCUGAGAUGAAACAGAGUGGAUUAGGCUCUCAGUGUGCCGGGCUCUUCAGCACCACCGUCCUAGGUGGGUCCUCUAGCGCCCCUAACCUGCAGGACUACGCACGUGCACACCGCAAAAAAUUCUCCAUCAGCAGUCUAUCCUGCAAAGACGAGUGCUUGUCUAUGCCGGGAAAAAAACGAUUUUCUGUGUCGUUUGCAAAGCAUCCGACUAAUGAGCCUUUGGAGGAGCACCAUGUGGCCCAGUUGUUGAGGCGUUUCCAGAGCGACCUCAGCCUGGGCUGUCAUCUCGCUCUGGAUGGGGCGCUCGCCCACCACCUUCACCAGUGCUCCUACCAUCUCCGCCUCUUCCGAAACUGGCUCCUCUCCGGCCAGGACUCCCUAGAGUACCUAUACGGGUUUGAAGGCUGCUCCAUGGUGCCCUCCAUUUAUCCCCUGGAAACGCUGCACAACUCGCUGUCGCUGAAACAGGUCAACCAGUUCCUCAUGACCAUUUGUGAGAGAGCAGGAGACCCCCACACCAGGGCCACCAGAGCUCUGUCAGCCAUGUUUGACCCCCACAGCCAGCCCUUGGUGGACUCCUACAUCCCCCAGAGAGUUCUCUCCACCUCCAUCUCACUGCGAUCCCGCUCUGACAGACCUCCGUGGUACAGCAGCGGCCCGUCGAGUACAGUAUCCAGUGCUGGGUCGUCUUCUCCCACCACAGCGGACACCUCCCCACGCUUCAGCUUCAGCGAGAAGAUCUCCCUAACCCCACAGAGCAGCGAGGAAACCCAGUCUGCUCUAAACCUGUCCACUCCGGCAGCUCCACCACCACCCCCUGGGUCCCACGUCCUUGACCCACAUUGCUUCCUUCUUUCCUCCACAGCCAACCCCACUGAAGCUCCCACUCAGAGUAACUCUACAGGAGACUGCACAGAGUACUGCACCGCAACCAAUCACCAGACCUUCAACAGUACAGCUGACCAGAUCCACGGGACGCUGCAGGCAGCAUCUGCUGCAGCGGAGCCCGGUGACGGGGAAGAUCCAGAUCUCAUCCCAAGACUGCCCUGUUCCCCGCUAGCCGAGCUCUCUUUAGGCCGGAUGGAAGGAUUCUGUGGCCUGCCGGGAUCACUGCCUGUGCUGCUGGAGCUCCGAGAGAGCAGCAGCGAGGCAGGCUCCAGCUCCCAGACGCCUCAGUCUCCUGAGGGUCCUGAUGAGUUCUUCGACACACAGGAGUCCAUGGAUUUGUGGAUGGACAGUCCAGAUGUUCUCCCCCAACCAGACACACAGGUGGAGGUUGGAGGUAUUCAGCCAGCAGAGCCAUAAGCCUGCCAGGACGUGCCGCGGUCAUCAGGUCUCCACCUGGUGUCACCUCAUCCCGUUGUUACGCUAACAUGUUGGAGGAGAACGUGACGUACAAACUGCAAACCAUUGACAAACCAAGAGGGCGUCACUGAGCCUCAGCGGGCGUUCCACUGGCCCCAU